AUGACUCGUGUCAAAGAGUACUGGCUACCAGGAUAUGGACUGUCCCGGCACAUCGUCCUGGGCCAGAUACAAUAUUUCCUGGGACCCUCUGCCUCAGUCCGGCCAUACACCUACCAGGGACGUGAGGGUUACCUUAUUAUCGGCGUGCCACUUACACGGGAACAAAUCGACGAUUUAGCCGCCAUGUCUCGAGAAUACGAGCGCCAGGAGACUGUCAGGAUGGCCGGAAAUAAUGGCAAUUUUGAUUCACGAUCAGAACCCUAUAUCAAUGAGAUAAUACCGGUUCAUACGCGCUCUCGCAGGCGGUCCGUAGAGCCGAGAGAGUCACUACGCGGCCGAUGA